UUAAUUAGCUCAUUUUAUUAAAGAGAACCUAAUAAUAAUGAAUAUGGGACAAAUGUCUCAAGCAAUGCACCUUCCACAAAAACUUCUACCACUUUUCUUGCCCCCCCCCCCCCAAAAAAAAAAAAAAAAACACAGGUAGAAGGGUCUUCCCAAUCCCGUCACCCGCAAAUCCCUCCAUGUCCCGUUUAACUCCUUCAUUACUAUAUGUAAGGUAGAAUGUCUCUUUAUACUACCGAUACAUCAUCUAAAAUGAAGGUUCAUUUUUAUCGAUACUCGGAAUAAGGUAACCCUUCAAGAUAUCUAUAAACCAUAUGUGGCAUUGUCGUGUAAUAACGUAUACCCCUGUAACGUAAAAUACACCAAAAACUGGAAAUCGACUCAGAAUCUGGAAAUCGAUACAGAAUCAUUUGAGAAAAUGUACAUGCAAAGUGCAAAACUUCCGCCGACCCAAAUGAAGCGAGAAGGUCAUUGGAACGGGUUUGGAGUAUUCCCGCCUUUUCUGGCUGAAUUCCCGCCCUUCCUAAAUUUGACCAAUCACAUUUCGGCUUAUUCGUGACGUCACAUGUGGGGUUUGACAGGGAGGCGCGCAUUUUUGAAUGAAAACUUUUCUUCAGAAGCAAACAAAGUUUUAGUCUGCUUUUGGGGUAUUUUAUUUCGUUAGUCCUUAUCGCAUGAGACAGUCAAAAUAGGCCAAACUGCUUGGUUUUACAAUGGACGCCUAUGGAAACCCACUUUCUGAGUUUGAGCUUAGACGACUAGAAAACAUCAAGAAAAACAACGAGCUUUUGAGGAGUCUUGGACUCUCUGUACCCCAUGAACCAAAGAUUCACAAGCCAGUAAAAGUUGUCCAACCAAAAAAGAAGAAGAAAAAGUGGCCCCUAGAAGACAAGUUGUUUGAAGCAAGUGACACCAGCAGUGAGAGCAGCACAGAUAGCGAUGAGGACUGGGUCCCAGGGGUCACUGAGGAGACACUCAAAAAAAGGAAAAUGUUUCAGAAAUUCCAGCCAGAGUUCCGACCAAAAAGACAGACAUCAUUUGUGUCAUCUUGUACUAAGAAAUCUGAGCCUAAGUCUGAGAAACAACACUGUGAUGACUUUGAGGAGUUAGGACGGAUCGCCAUGCAGCUAGACACAGACAGCUCCUUCUUUGAUGAUUCACCAAGUCAUCAAGCUGUCAAGCACGACACAGACGCAAGGUACCCAAAGAGACCAAGGGCUACAAAAAACAGCUAUCGGGAGGCUGAAGUUCCAGAUGAUGACCAUUACUUGUUUUGUGAAGAGUGUCAAGACCUUCAUUAUGGGGAGUGCCCCAUCCACGGUCCAUUGCAAGCCAUUGCAGAUAAUGCCACUACAUCCAGUACCCAGACAACAGCCAGGGCAACUCUGCCUCACUGCUUGGAGAUAAAGACAUCUUCCAUACCAAAUGCUGGUCUUGGCGUGUUUUCCAAGUCAAGAAUAGCAAAACGAGUCAUGUUUGGGCCGUAUAAAGGAACCAAGGUUAAACUCAGUGACGAGCAAAUGGAGAAUGACACCAGCUACAUGUGGGAGAUAAGCAGGGAUGGGAAUUUUAAUCAUUUCAUCGAUGGUCACGACGAAGAGCAAAGCAACUGGAUGAGAUUCGUUAACUGCUCUCGGUGUGAGAAGGAACAGAACCUCGUGACCUUCCAAUAUCGUGGGCAAAUAUUCUACCGCUCCUACAAAGACGUCCACCCGGGUACGGAGCUGCUGGUGUGGUACGGAGACAAGUACGCCAACGACCUUGGGAUAGCACUUGAAGACGUGGAGGACUCCAAUAUUAUUGCGAGUUUAGAUACGAAAGAUUAUACUUGUAAAAAGUGUUCCAGGUGCUUUACCUCCUCCAACGCGCUACUUUGGCACAGAAAACGAUGCUACAUCGAACCGACUGGGGACGAGCUCAAGUGCAAACUGUGUCAGCAGCAGUGUGCCACACCCAAAACACUGACGGGACACAUCGUGUCUGAACACUGCGAGAACUCAUCUCGUGUGUGUCCAAUAUGCGAAAAGGAUUUUUGUGAUUAUCGCUAUAUGAUUAUGCACAUUUUGACACACACGAAAUAUAAGCCUUACAAAUGCACACAGUGCGGUAAAGCGUUUGCACAUGCAAGUAGUCUAACAGAACAUAUGCGGACACACAGUGGGGAGAAGCCACAUAAGUGCACACAGUGCGGUAAAGCGUUUGCACGGGCAAGUGUUCUAACAAGACAUAUGCGGACACACAGUGGGGAGAAGCCACAUAAGUGCACACAGUGCGGUAAAGCGUUUGCACAUGCUGGUAAUCUAACAACACAUAUGCGGACACACAGUGGGGAGAAGCCACAUAAGUGCACACAGUGCGGUAAAGCGUUUGCACAGCCAAGUGUUCUAACAAGACAUAUGCGGACACACAGUGGGGAGAAGCCACAUAAGUGCACACAGUGCGGUAAAGCGUUUGCACGGGCAAGUGUUCUAACAAGACAUAUGCGGACACACAGUGGGGAGAAGCCACAUAAGUGCACACAGUGCGGUAAAGUGUUUGCACAGGCUGGUAAUCUAACAACACAUAUGCGGACACACAGUGGGGAGAAGCCACAUAAGUGCACACAGUGCGGUAAAGUGUUUGCACAGGCUGGUAAUCUAACAACACAUAUGCGGACACACAGUGGGGAGAAGCCACAUAAGUGCACACAGUGCGGUAAAGCGUUUGUACAUGCAAGUAAUCUAACAAAACAUAUGCGGAUACACAGUGGGGAGAAGCCAUGUAAGUGCACUCAGUGCGGUAAAGUGUUUGCACAUACAAGUCAUCUAACAAAACAUAUGCGGACACACAGUAGGGAGAAGCACUAAAUAAAGGCUUCAGAAGUUGCUGGUAAGCAAACUAGAGAUAACGAGUAGACACAGUGAAGAGAAGACCAGCACUCAAGCGUUCUUAAAUGCCACGUGUGUUUGUUAAGACUUUACUGAUCCGGGUAUCGUCCACACAACGCGAAACGAUAUCCGAAAACGGAACAAUUUGAAAACGCUCUUUGGAGUGAACGAUACUUUUUAGUGCCAUGUGGACAGAAGAAAACGGAACUUUUUGAAAACAACGGCGUGCUUCCCUUUGCUCGCGGGGCGUAAGCAGGUGAAAUGGAAAUCGUUUCCGUAUCGUUUUUGCGUUUUCGUGUUGACGGUCCGUUUCAAAAUGAAACGCUUCGUGUGAGCGCGGAAAAUACGUUUGGAUUAUGAGGGUUCCAUUGCCAUAACAUACACGUGUGAACUUAGCAUUAUUCAUACCGGACGUCGAUAACCGUAAACCCCUGUAUGUUAGGUAGGAUAUUGAUUUGUAAAUAAAUAAAACACGUACU